AAUUCCUAGGCUAUAUAUAAUAUUAAUCUUACAUAGUACCACAGAAACCAAAUUAUAAACCUGAUGAUCCAUAUUUUCUACAACUGUAACAAUGGAGAUCAAUCUCGAACAAGAAAGCAGCAACGACGGCGUUUUAUGGCGGAGAGGAAAUUUACUCGGAGAAGGAGGAUACGGCUCGGUUCACUCGGCUACUUUAAAGAAACCCAACUCUCUUUAUCCCUCGUUAAUGGCGGUUAAGUCAGCGGAGCUCCCUGAAUCAGCUUCACUGCAAAAAGAAACAGAAAUUUACAACACUUUUCAGAAUAAUUGUCCGUAUAUUCUCCAAUUUUACGGCGAAGAAACCACUACCCCCACCAGUGGUUUCGUGUUUUACAAUCUUCUGUUGGAGUACGCUUCCGGCGGAACCCUAGAUAGAGUUAUUAAGGAGUCCGACGGCCGCGGGUUGCCGGAAUUGGACGUCAGGAGAUAUGCAAGGUGUAUUCUGAAAGGGAUAGAUUAUAUUCAUAGACACGGAUACGUGCAUUGCGAUCUGAAACCGGAGAAUAUACUGCUUGUCGGUAUCGAAAACCGGGGGGAUUUUGUGCCGAAAAUUGCGGAUUUCGGGGUUAGCAAGAAAAGGAAUUUGGGGGAGAGUUGUAGUAUAUUUGGAACUACUAUGUAUUUGUCUCCGGAGGCGGUGGUUGACGGGGUUCAAGAAUGUGAGAGUGACAUUUGGGCUUUUGGUUGCAUUGUUUUUGAGAUGUUGACAGGGAAGAAGAUUUGGGAUUCUUAUAUGUACGCAAAUUCUGAAGAAUUAAUGGUUGAGAUUGGUGACGAUGAAUCUGAAAUUCCUGAAAUUCCUUGUCAGGUUUCAGAAGAUGGGAAGGAUUUCCUGAGGGCUUGUCUUGUGAAGCAACCUGAGUUUAGAUCUACGGCCGAGAUGCUUCUGAGUCAUCCAUUCUUGUCAGGAUUUGAUGAUAUAAUCAGCAGUGAGAUCAAAGAUACAGAAGAAGAAUUGGCAGUGAGUUCAAAGUUUAAAGAUUUCUCGCAAGUUUUUCCCAUACUAUGCAAAUUGUAAAGACGAGGAAUUGUAUGUUGCACGGAAACUUCUCGAAAUCCUACGUCUUUGGAAAGGCUUUUAAAAUUCGGAAACUCUAUAUUUUCGUAGUCUACUCUUAUAAGUAUGGCGUUUCGUAGUUUUCUGUUUUUAUGUUUUCGGUUUAAAGGUUUCUGUUUUCGUUCCGCAUAGACGGGGAACUGAUUCAUGUUGCAGAAUUUUAGUUUCUUUUUAUUCAUAGUUAAAUCAUGUUAUUAGUUGUACAUUAUUAAUAAA